AUGGCGGAGGAGAGCCGAUGCAUGCGAAGGAAACAGCCGAAGCCGCGGAGGAGUUCAGAUGGAGGAACAGUGACCCGGCAGCAGUGUAGCUACAGCCCCCCCUGCAGGACACAGAUGGAGAGACACUUCACAAUGCGCAGCCAGGCGGACGACAGGCAGAAUGAAAUUGUAAACGGAGCGCAGAACAGGAAGUUUAAAUGCACGCAGUGUGGAAAAGCCUUCAAGUACAAACAUCACCUCAAAGAGCAUCUUCGCAUUCACAGCGGGGAGAAGCCGUACGAAUGCUCCAACUGCAGGAAGCGUUUUUCCCACUCCGGCUCCUACAGCUCCCACCUGAGUAGCAGAAAGUGCCAGAGACUAAGCCAGGGGGUUGUGCUGUUCAAGGCACACCGCAACAGCUACUGUCCCACCUCACGCCCCACUGCCGGCUGCAGGAGCUCAGAAGGCACCCUUUACCCUUUUCAGCUGCUCAGAAAGGAUUCUGGGACCUUGGGGGUCUCUCCAUCUCACUUCAGGACCCCUGAGAGACGCUGGAUCCAUCCCUCACAGCUCUCAGUCCAAUCUAACCGUUUUGAAGACAUGGAGCUUGCACCGUACCUGCGUGCUGGGGGAAAUUUUCUGCAUGUCCAGUGGGGGGCAGUGUGGCAAAGGUGGGCAGAGACCAAGAGGGGCGUCUCCAUGGGAACGGAGGAGAGGGUGGGGUUCGGUGGCUCUCAUGCGGCGAAGGACCCCCUGGACGGAUACGUGCCAGACCACAGGGUGGGGCUGGGGGGGGGGCCAGUUGGCAGGCCGUGGCAGGACAGCCUCCUCCACAGGGCUGACAGGGCUGCAGAGCUGCCCCUGGGGGAUCUGCGGAACUGGGGGGCAUCACCACUUCAGCCCCCCAGCCUCUCCCUUCAGGCACACAAACCCCAGAGCAGGUUCUCCAAGUCGGACUCGCGUCUGUCCCUCUCCUCUCGACACCCCCUUCCCCGGCACCCUGGGGGUGACCCUCGGCCACCACCUCCAAUGGGCUUUUGUGGAACACACACCUUCUGGCCCAGCUCCGCCCCACCAUUCAGCCCGCCCCUCAGCCCUGGCUCCUCCCCCCUCCCACACGGGACCCCCAAGUCCCCCGACUCCCACGCCGAACCCCUCGACCUGUCUCUGCCCAAAGCCAGACUCAAACCUGGGGCUGAGAGAGGCCGUAACGGCAGGGGUCCAAACGGAGAGCAGACGCAGACAGAGACGCUGCUCAGGGGCCUGGCCCCGCCCCCUCACCGUCGCACGCUAGCCCGCAGUAGAACCCCACAAAAACGCCACGCCCCACUCAGCACACGGCCUCUUUUUAACCCCCAGCAGCCCGUAGGCCCGGGUGGACCGGAGCGGGACAUGCCGACCUCACCUCCACUCAACCCCACGACAGACUCGGACUCCCUUUCCCCGAUGCCCCACGGGCCUCGAUCAGACACAGACUUCAGCCUCAUGAGGAUCCACCCAGAGAAACAGGGUGGGAACGUGAGCAGAGGGUGCUGGGAAAUGCAGUCUGCAACUGAGGGAGGAGCUGAGGUAGAGGGAGGGGCUAAUGUAGAUGGACGUCCAAUCAAGAGACGGCUGAAGAGGACGCAGGAGGGGCUGUAUGCUUGCGAGCUCUGUGACAAGACCUUCCAGAAAAACACAUCCCUCCUGAGGCACGAGUACGAGCACUCAGGCAGACGGCCCCAUAAGUGUGGCACCUGCAGCAAAGCCUUCAAACACAAGCACCACCUGAGGGAGCACACCCGGCUGCACUCUGGGGAGAAACCCUACGGCUGCGACCGCUGCGGGAAGCUCUUCUCCCACUCUGGCUCCUACUCCCAUCACAUGAACCACCGCUACACCCUCUGCGGCCUCCACCAGGACCACGGCCGCGGCGCAGACCGCGAUCACGAUGCCUUCCCUGAUUGGCUGCCACUGGAGGGGCUCUGCCGUGAGGAGGAAGGGGCAGAGUCAGAGACCUUGCCCCAAUGCUUUGCCUCUGACCUGGGUGGAGCUCUUGGCUCUGGCCUGGGUGGAGCUCUUGGAUCUGGGCGUUUUUUCCCCUUGACUGACGUUGGAAAAGCUGGCCCACUCCCAGUCACGGCCCCAACCAUGUAG